GAGCCACCACCAAUACGGCAACUACGGUCUACGAGGAUGCUUAUCGGUGCCGCUAGCGUUUAUCCCAGUUUAUGCUAGUCGCGAUGUGAACCGUGAAAACUUCGUGAAGGGACUGCGCUUGCUUUCGUGUUGUUGUGGAAUGCCGUACCCGUGGUUGUCCGCCCUUCCCAGCGAUUACCAGAGCUAUUCUGCAGUUUCUGCAAGAGUGGUGCAUUUUGACGACGACGAUUGACUUCGGCACUGCUCUUCGUUGGGAAAACAAUGGUGAUGAAACGAUCACUGACGGCACUAUGGACCGCCCUGAUUCGUGUUGCAUAGUUUACGAUCACCCGAGUCAACAGAAUGAACGAAGCAGAACUGAGAAGUCUGUCGAUAUAUUUAGACCACGGUGGUUUUGUGCGAUGUAAAUAAGCUGGAGCAAAGCGCGCGGUUCCUCAGCGCCAUCAUCUGGCUUGCAGCAUCUCUUUGUACUACUAAUAGCAGUCAUGGAAACCCGCGUAUUCAUAAACAUAGAUGUGGAACCGUUUUGUACAAAACUUGUUUUUCCCGUUGGUGUUCCAGCAGCAGGCUAUGUUCGCAUUAUUUUCGGAGACUUUGCUAAAACUUGUUCGAAAUACCGAGCUGCAAAUGAUGGUGCGGCCUAUUGUGAAAGUGACUGUACAGCAGCUGUCAAUAGCAAAGUGUUCGUACAAUCGCCAUCCGUUGACGGGGAACCUUUGUGCACAUUAAAGGUGGCAGCUCUGCCCGACAACUUGGAUGACGAUUCUGUAGAGGUGUACGAUGACGACGAUUCCAUUGCCGCGGAGGAUCCAGAAGAACUGCAGGAAGAACCGCAGGAAGUCUGCGAGGAGCUUGCACCUCAGGUACCUGAUCCGGAGGAGCCGAAUGAACCAUCGGAAGCCCAGUCAAGUGCCGCGCCAGCUCAUGAGCUUUCUAGUGACCGGCGGAAACAAAAGAAUCCUAUGAAAAUACGGUUAAGGACUAUACCGCUGUCACCGUUACCUGAUAACACACGGAGGUCGAGUCGGACGCGCAAUGCCGCCACCGUUCGUUACAUAAGCAGUAGCAGUUCAGAUGAUGAUUUCAAUCGCGACAGUGGGGACUCGGACUGGAGCGGGUCCAGUGAAUCGUUCGAAAAGGCCCCAAAAAUCAAACGGACUAGGAGGGUCACGGCUCCAGUAAGGAGGGCGUCAACUGUUGGGAGAAAAGCGACGUCAUCGAGAAAAUCGUUACCGGCCAAGAAAGUGUCGAUACCUGCGAAAAAAUCCACGCCUGUGCGGAAACCUUCAGCUGUGUUAAAAAAGACUUCUGCCGUUGCGAAGGUUUCAGUUCCUGCAACAGAAACCCCAACCCCAAAGAUUGCACCGCUCAACAUAAAGGCACUGAAACAACAGUCUAAGGAGAGGCAAGCCUUAAAAGCAAGCAUCAAAGCAAAAUCAGAUGAAACUUUUUCAUGUGAGGAAUGUGGUCAAACAUUCAGCUCAAGACUAAAGUAUAAAAAGCAUUCCUGGACACACAAGCCAAAAAAUGAGCAUCCACAUAGGUGUGACGUCUGCGACAAGCUGUUUGCUACUGCAUUCACGCUUGAGCGACAUCAGGCUGCCCACUGCAAAGGCAUGCCAAACUGCUGUGAGAAAUGCAGGAAAGGAUUUGCAACGCCAGAAGAAUUAGCAAAACACGAAGAGACUCAUAAGGAUUAUCGAUGUGAAUGUUGCUCCCAGCUAUACCUGAGCUAUCGUGGGCUCCGAAAGCAUUACACACAGUUUCACAAAAACGAGAUGUUGCAGAAACAGCAAAGCAGUGCCACUGCAAGAGCAGAAGGAGCAACAGGAACGGCUGAGCCCGAGGAUGGUGCUUGCCAGAAGGAACACAAGUGCAUUAUAUGUGACCUUGGGUGUGACAGUGAGGAUGCAUUAGCAGCGCACUACGUGGAAAUACAUCCAGAGCAGCAAGUCUUUCCCUGUGAAACUUGCCGUAAGGUGUUCACAAAUCGUGACAUGCUUCAGACACAUUUGCGCAAGCACAUGCAAAUUAGAACUGGAGAAAACUCAAGUGAGCAGACUUAUCUUUGUAACAUCUGUGACAAGGAACUGAAGUCCCUCUCAACUCUUCGUGUUCAUGUACAGUCUCACAACAAGGUCCGGUCAUUCAAGUGCGAUAUUUGCCAAGAAAAAUACACCACAGCAAGCAACCUACGCAAGCAUCGCAAAAUCCAUAACACAACGCGCAUGUACAAAUGCCCCCAUUGUCCAAAGGAGUUCACAACCAAUAACUACAAGUUAAAGCACGUCAAGCGUGUGCACACAAGGGAUUUCCAAUACGGCUGCAGCCAUUGUCCAAAGAAGUUCCUGGAGAAAAAACGAUUCCAACAACACAUGGUACUUAUGCAUGCCAGUAUGCUCACUGAAAAUGACUAUGCAACUAUGACACUGGUCAAAAAGUUGCAUUGUAGCCAGUGUUCCUAUGUGACAUACAGCAGCAAGAGCUUCAGGCAGCAUGAAGUUACCCAUACUGGAAAGUAUCCCCAUAUAUGCAGUGAAUGCAACAAAGGCUUCACAUUCCGGUUUGAAUUGACCAAACAUGUGCGCUGUGUGCACCAGGCCCAGUUCUAUCGCUGCGAAAGCUGCAAGCGCACUUUCACCGCCGAGGAAACCUACAAGAUUCACAAGGAACACCAUGACCGUGGGCUUGGCUUCACAUGCACUGAAUGUGGGAACAUGUAUGAGACUCAGGGUCAUUAUGAGCAGCAUAUGCAGGCACAUUCCAAUGACCUACCUUACGAGUGCCCCACCUGCAACAAGCGAUUUGCCUUGACACGAUCACUAAACCUCCAUCGUCUGUCACAUGACAAACAGAGGACACCUCGGCCACGGCCUUAUAGUGGCAACCGCAAUUGGGAUUAUUACUGUGAACUUUGCAAUGUCUUUUACAAAUAUGGUUCUAGCCUGGUGGCCCAUCGUGUGUGUGUGCAUGGAAAUGGCCCCACUACGACGUGUCCUUAUUGUGAAAAGAAGUUCAAUAGCCGGCUGACGCUGUCAAUGCAUAUACGCAUGCACACUCGGGAGCGCCCUAUGCGCUGCAGCUAUUGUGGGAAAACCUUCCGCGUCUGGAACAGCCUGAAACGACACGUUGUCACAAGUCACACAAAAGACUUCAAGCUUUUCUGUCCACUAUGCAACAAAGGGUUCGUCUCGAGGUCCUACCUGAAGGUGCAUCUUAAGAGUGCACACAAAGCUGUCAUGUCAGGCCCUGGUAAGCGGAAGCGAUUGCCUGAUGGCCCCACUGUAGCACAGCAUCCUCCUGCACGCACAACAACAGUACAAAAGCCGCCUGUCAUCAUACCCAUGCCAGCUAAACUUGACCGCUCCACCCUCGUACCACAAGCCAGGAGACCACGCCACCACCCAGCAAAAGCAGCUGCUGUGUCCAUUACCCCUGUGGCCACCCAACUUCCUAUGGUUCCCCCACCCACUCAGGUGGAUGCCCCACAGCGGCCACAACAGCCACCCCGACCACAACAGCUUCCAGUGGAGCGGCCUGAGCUGCAACAACAGGCACAAUUGCAGCAAUUGCACUUGCAACAGCUACAGCUGCAACCAUCACAGAUGCACCCACAGCACCUACAGCCACCUCGGCAGCACACACAGCAGAGGGAUCUCUUUGAAAUGCAACAGAUUCCGCACUUGGAAACUGACACUUACUCGCUCAUGUUACUGUGAAUUAUUUUCAUUUUUCCAUCACUUGCCUGCAAUUUCUUGGACAAGACUUCAUCUUGUGAACUGCUAUCGGCAUUGCUGUGUGUGUUAUGCAUGAAUCAUGCUGGAUUAUGAAUGGAACUGAAGUAUAGUUCA